CGUUUUCAAACUGCGCCUGUAAAGAAAGUUCUCCCACCAACUGUCGUUCAGCCAUGCCUCCAUCAGGUAGCAUGCGCCGUGUCAGCUCCCUUCUUAUACGGCUAGGAAAUCAGGGCGCAGAAUCAGCAAUCAGCGCUGGCUUUCGGCAUCUUCGCGGUGGGAUUCUGGGAUUGCCCGGCGCUGUAUCAGCGAGCUCAGGCGCAGCUAUUACGAAUUCUGCCCGUGAAACAUCUAUCAAUCGCGGAUUUGCGUCCAGCGGUAGCAUUAGGGAUGCCGAUAUGUUUGAGAUGGCCGACGACAGCGUUUCUGUCGACAGCAUAAUGUAUCCCCAGCCACAGAUUGCUGAGGCCGCUGGCGCUUCGGGGAUAAACAUCACAGACAGCACCGAAAUUCACCCAGCUUUCGUUACCAUUUGCCCGCACGGGCAUUCCGACUUGCGGUCUGCCGCACUGUCCAUGCGGCAUGCACCCGGAAUGGAUGCGAUUCGCGUGGAGCCCGCAGGCGGUGCUGACGAUUCCGCCAGUGCAAGCUUAGCUCUCACACCAUCAGCACUGCUGCAACAAAGCAUAUCUCCCACCGCGUUGACACUACCCAUCAAUUGUCACCCUUGCCACCCUUGCUAUCGGCCUGUACGCAGUGUUUUUUUUUAA